AUGGACGACAGUGAUGUCGAUGAGUAUUGCUUCGAUGAAGAUGACUAUUAUUGUGGUUACAGUAGCGGCGAGACUGAAUGUUUGAGGAAGUUAGCCGCUCGUCGACAUCACGACCACGACGGGGACAGCGACGAUUCAUCAAUUUCAGAAAACACUUCCUCUACCACUUACCAGAUACUGUCCCUUCAAGACUUGUGUUGUCGUUACAUUGCGUUGAAGUUUCCGUUCGCUUACGUCGAGCAUCGCUCCCCUCCAAUCCCAGAUGAACUGCAACUGAAGAUUAUCGGGUUUUCAUUUCCAGAGGAUGAGCAGAUGAUAAUGAAGUACGCACAGUUCAGCCGUAGUGGUGUGGACUUUUCUUCAGCGAAAUCAAUGCGUGACAAUGGAAGUGUGAAAAAUCUGAGCCAGAUAGGUAGGUGUGAUUCAAGAACAAUGGGGUUGUUAAUAGAAAUUAAUUGAGAGGUGUCUUUAGUCUGAAUUUUAGCCGUCUUUACCGAUGGUGAUGUCAUUUUUCUUGCUACAAUGGAGGUCAAAAGUGUUGAGACCUUUCCAGUGAUAUUACUAAAACUAGCGACCCCUCCCCUCCCACCCCAAACAAAGUUGAAUUUGGAGCAAAAUGGGGGAAACUGAGUGCUUUUUUUGGCCACAACAUUGCUAGGGGAAGUGGGGGGAACGACGAGAUGAACCCAAAGCCGAACAAAAAAUUGUCCUUAGGAGGAGAGUCCUACGGAACUAUUGAUUGGAAGGGUUUUUUCACACAGUCCCAAGUUCUUUUGUCCUCCAUUGUAGUUAGCAACUUGAGAAAACAGCUGAAAUUCAGGUUCCAGAGAGUAGUCAUGUACUAAAACAAAUACAGUCAACUCCUGAUAACUCGAACCUUCAAGGGAAAUCGAAAAAAGGUUCGAGUUAUCGGGAGUUCGAAGAAAAUAGCCGAAAGUAAGGUAAAAAGCAGUUUUUAAUGCACAGUGAACAUCUUAAUCACAUUUAAUUGUAGAAAUGUCAAGUGAAAAUUAAAAGAUACUUCUAGAUUAUAAAUCACAAGGUAAUGUAACAAAACAUAGCCUAACUGGAGCAUGCGUUUUACUGUUUUGGGAAGAAAAGCUGCUUCACAUUAGCCUGUGACAAUCUACAUCAGCCUCCACUGGUUAGCCUGUGCCAGGCUCUCAGAUAGUACAGUGGGAACAUAUUAAAACGAGCAAAGCGAAAAUAAGACGGGCACGACUUGGGAAAGGGGACGGUGGCGGCGGGAAAAAUGGGAGAGAGAGCCUGUUAGCAUUUCUUUAACGACCCUCUUCCGCCCAUUUUUGUCACGUCUGGAUUCGGCUGUCAAAACUGUUAACACUUCAGUUAGCUACAAUCAUUCUCAAGUUUCUCGCGUGAGCAUUGCACGCGACGCGAACUCCUUGUGCGAUGUGUCAUGUGUGGAAAUUUAUGUCUUCGAAUUCGUUAUCCUGUGAGAGCAUCCGUUUUUUUUGCUCUAGUUUAUAGCAAUAAAAGGGGGCAGUAAGUUUUUUCCUCUGAUGGGUACUGAGGUUAUGCUCUGGAAGGUUCUACAUUGUCACUGGGCAAAUGUGACUUUAGCCGCUUGUUUCACACUGAGAGGUCAUGGCACACAUAUCGAUUUACUACGGCGUUUGUUUCUGGUCGGCAGGAUUUGCCCUCUGAUGAGAGAGCAUUUUCUUUGAUCAUGACCUCUAAUUAGAAGCGUAAAGCUUUUUAUUGCGGCUGAAUAAGGGUUUUAAUUUUCUCCAAAGUGCCUUCUGGAUCUGACUAACUAAGUGAUUUUCUUUAGUCCGUGAAUUAAUGUAAUAUUUUUCUGCAAUGUUGUAUCACGCUGGGCCCAGCUCGUUAGUUUUCUUUGCAGAAUGUUAAAUUAUCACGGAUAGUGAUUUACAGAUCCAGAAUUAUAAGAAUGAAGUGCAGCUUAAACUUAAGCUACAUCAACUAAGGAGAAUUGCAUUGUGACUUAGUAAACUCCAGCUUGAUAGUGUUUCUCUGGAAAUAGUGUGAGUCUUUUGACUGGAGCGCGUAGUUUCUCCCUUGGUAAUAGCGGAAUAUUAAGCUUAACAGUCUUUGGACUGUUUUGUUAUUGCCACUUUGUGAUCAACCAGGACUCCGGAUUACCGAAAAUAAUUUCGCACUUUCCUUCUCUCGCUUUCUUCGCGUCCUCCUUUCCCUCUUCACCGAUGCCAAAUAGUUGCGGCCGGACAUCCAAGCUUUUUCAGUUGUUCCACUCGGUCUCGCAUUAUAGAUAUCAGCGGCGAAACGACUAUUAUCGCAGAGUUUUCUAGGAUUAGAGCAGCUUUAGCCAAGCGUGGGAAUAGCUGAAAGAAUAAUCUCUUGCGGCAACCGGUGGGCAUAAUACUGAAAACAUCUUUACCGCGAGCCAAGUCGCAGACACUCGUCUAAAGCGCAAGACAACGCCGAUUCAUGAAGAUCACACGCGCGAUUCGCGUUAGCCAUCUUGGUGAUGACAAACUAAUGACCACGCUACUAGGUGAUGAUGUUAACUGUCACAAUUGACCAAUCAGAGGGUAUAUCAGGAGCUGAUAUACCGGAACAGGCCGUUAAAAAAAUGCGUACAGGCUCCGCCGCCCUGUCUCUCCCCAGUCCUGGCGCGUUUUUCGCAUUUUUUAUUACUGAACGACUUUCCACCACCAUCUCGGAGCCUGGAACAGGCUACCACUGGUAAACUAUACUCCUACAACACAUCAACAGGAAAUCCAAAAUUCAAUGUUUCGGACGCCCGUAGACGGCUUUUUUCUCGACUUUUUAAGGGCUCAAAACAUGGUUCGAGUUAUCGAGGGUAAAAUUAUAUAGAAAAUGACCUGAGGGGAAACGAAAAUUGGUUUGAGUUAGCGGGAGUUUGAGUUAUUGAGGGUUCAAGUUACUGAGGGUAAAAUUGCAGUGAAUAUUUGACGGAAAUCCAGGGAAAUCGAUUUUGGUUCGAGUUAGCACAAGGUUCAAGUUAGUGAGGGUUCGAGUUAUCGAGAGUCGACUGUACUUGUUUCUUUACUUUUUUGUAUGUACACUGUAAUAAUACAGUCAGACCUCCACUAGCGGCCACCUCUACACAACAGCCACUGUACUUUGUCCCUGUGGACAGUUCAUACAUUGAAUCUUAUUUAAACCUCUCCACAAUGGCAAUGGCCACUAAAAUGUGUCCCCAACUGCCAAAAUAACCCCUUGGCAAGGGCAGUUUUUUUGGCAAGUGAUGAAAAAGGCAAGAAUGGUCAUAGAAUUUGAUCCAUAUGUCACAUUGAUAAUUAAAUGCGGCAGGCAUGUUUUGAUCUUGUUUCAUUUAUACUGUGGCAGUAAGCAUGAAUUGUCUACGAUACUUAUAUAUAGACUGUUUUCACUCACGUGGCCAACACCUAUGCAAAUUUAUUGAAACAAAAGAAAGCCUUAGCAUAAGAAAAGAGUUCAACUCCCAAAGGAUUCUUUCGGGACACCAACAAUGGCCGCCAUUUCAUUGUUUUGGGACACCAAUAUGGCUGCCAUGACGUCAUGUGAAAACACUCUAUGGUCAUGUUAGCAUUUUAAUUCAAAUCAUAGUUCCAGCUUUUUUCAUCCUUUAUUACUAUUUUCGAUCCCUAAAUAAUCAUCCCUUAAAUCCCCAUACAAACCCUUAUAAUAUUUCUGUUAUAAAAUUACGCAACAUUGAUUCUCAUUCGUGAGCUUGGAGUACCUGUGGAGACCAGUCUAUAUUUAAAAUAUACAAUCAGUGUUCCAGUUAAUUCUGGGGGUCAUUUAGAUAAUUUGAGGGGUCACCCAGACCACGUGCUAAUUUUUUUCAUUAUAUUUACUUUAACAUUAUAUUUACUUCAUCUGUCGAGUCAGGAAGCCUUCCUAGACGGGCCAUUGACCCCAGACCCGUCUGGGUCUUGACAAGGCAGGUUAUUUAUAGUAUAAUUAUGUUAGAAGGAUGAAUUGCAUGUAAUGCUAUCAAAUUAUCUUUGAUUUACAUGUAGUUGUUUGGUAAGCUCUUCCGUAAAUUAUCAACGUCCAUAGCUGUAUUUAUAAAUGAUUGAAGCAUGGUCACUUAAAGUAAAGCCUCUAACAAGUUCUAAAGUGUGACAUCAUAAAAAAUUACUUUUGUGAAAUUAUGGGAUUCGUCAGGAUAUUCUGCAAGAACAACAUCCAAGAGGCCUACUUGCCAACAAUAGUAAUUUGCCCUGAAAUGCUAAUUGUUAGCAUUUUGGGGCAAAUUGCAAAAUUUGCAAAUUGUCUCUGAGAUAUUAGCCCAGCUAUACUCUGAUGACACCAUACAAAUCCUUCUAAAUUUGACUUGGGUCUAAACGUGUUCUUUCAGAAUAUCCUGACGAAUCCCAUAAUUUCACAAAUAUAAUUUUUAUGAUGUCAUCACUUUAGAACUCUAUACUGCAUGCAUUUAACACAUGCCUAAGGGGUUUGCAGAAUAAAGAGGCCAUGCAGAGGGCAUUUUACAUAAUACAUGUUGCUAUCUGAGAAGGUGAUAUUCAAAAAAUAUAUACAUGUAUAUCAAAAAGGGUCAAGUGUUUAAAAAAAGCGCAAAAUUAAUGUUGCUAAACUGAAUUUCAAAACCUGUCAUUUCACCCACAUGUACUGAGGAGGAAGCCAUGUCCCUGUUGAUAUUCUACUAUUGCAUUUGCAGUUCAUCAUGAUUACCAUUUCAAAACUUCUUCUUUUUGUCUGUUGCCAUUUCAGUUUUCUUAUACCAUGUCAGUGGUGGUGUUUACAAUAAUUUAUAACAGGGCUAAAAAAGUGGGGUAACAUGAUAUCUAAAAGAUGUAUUCUUUGAAAGAAAAAUCAUUGGUUAAGCACUCUUACUUUAACAAUAUUGAUGAAAUGUUUUGAUAUUUUUUAUUGUUGUAGGCUUCCGUUUGAGUGCGACAGUUGAUCACAACAGGGGCAGUGGUAAUGGAAAUGGUUAUUAUGUUACUGUCCACUUUGAUCGUGGGAAGAUAACCUCAGCUCACUGUUCAUGUGAUCAGUCUACAAACUGGUGCGCACAUGUUAUAGCAACAUGUUUGACAAGAAUAAAGGACAAGAACACAGUGACAAUUCGAAUGCCAGUCUCUGAUUCACUUAAUUUGCUGGACCGGGAACAGUUAUUAAAAUUUUCUCAGUACCUUUUAUGUGAACACCAGAAUGAACGUACAGUAGAAACUGCGCAACAGCUGCUUGAUAAGCUGUUGUCCAAAGGACAGAAAGAGCAAGAAGAAGACAUAAAUGCGAUUGCAGGGGCACCAGACCCUACUGCUGGUCCAGGU